AUGGGUACAGCAACAACUGGAAUUGAGCCGUCCAUUGAACUCUGGGAAGCCCUUUUAUCUAUCGCUGGCUUUGGAAUAUUCGCAUCUUUGUUGGCUUAUGGGUUCACGUUUAUACGAAGAAUUGUUCACAACGAUAGGGGUAGUCUGGAUACCGAGUUUGACGCCGGAGGCAGGGUGAGUGCCGGACUAACGGCUACAACCAUCGUGUCACAGUGGACCUGGGCAGCCACAUUACUGCAGUCCUCCACAGUCGCUAGUAAGUACGGCAUCAGCGGUCCGUUCUGGUACGCAGCAGGAGCCACAAUUCAGAUCUUACUGUUCUCCAUGAUCUCCGUCCAGCUGAAGAUCAGAGCUCCUGGCGCCAAGACGUUUUUACAGCUAAUACAGGCUCGCUUUGGCAAGAGGACCCAUGUCGUCUUCUGUGUGUUUGCCCUGAUGACAAAUAUUAUCGUGACAGCCAUGUUGAUGCUAGGUGGCGCUGCCGUACUAACGAGUCUGGUGAAGGAUCUAAGCGUGGAAUACGCUACCAUCCUGGUGACAGCCGUCAUCGGCACGUAUACGUUCAUUGGUGGGCUCGGAGCGACGUUUUACGUCUCUUACGUCAACACUGCUGUUAUUUACAUCAUCAUGAUUGUGUUCAUAACAAAGGUGUACGCUAACGAAGAUGUGGAUAACGAAUUGGGUUCUAUAGACAAGGUGUACCAGUACCUGGCCUGCUCUGUAGGACCACAGGAAAACGCUGACAACAGUUACCUUACCAUGAUCUCCCGCUCUGGCCUCAUGUUUGGACUCAUCAAUAUCGUCGGAAACUUUGGGACAGUGUUUGUGGAUCAGUCGUACUGGCAGAGCAGUGUAGCCGCCAAACCUAAGCAGGGCGUUUCCGGCUUCCUGAUGGGUGGUCUCACCUGGUUCGCAGUGCCAUUUUCCCUGGCCACCACAAUGGGACUGGCAUACCUGGCUCUCAGCGCUAAGCAAGGCGCUCCUCUCCUCUCAGACAACCAAGUGAAUUCCGGUUUAGUGCCCCCUAUCGUCGCACAGCGUCUGUUGGGUAAAAGAGGGGAGAUAAUGAUUAUGUUCAUGAUCUUGAUGGCCAUCACGUCCACGGGGGCAUCAGAAGUCCUGGCCGUGGCUUCCAUCUUAAUUUACGAUAUCUACCAGAUACACUUAAAGCCAUACCGACGUGUGAAUGACUCGAACAGCUGUAUUUUGUGUGGCAAACAAAGAGGUCGGAUGGCCAACCCCCGAGAUAAGUGUGAGUGCUGGAGUAUGACGUACUGUGCGGAUUGUCGUCACGAUGACCAACAGAUAGCGGAAAACAAACGCCGUGCACUGAAGAUGGAUUAUAAGUGCAAGCUUCAUGGCCAGUACCGGAAAUACGUGGAUUAUCUCUCAGGGCUGAGGCAGUGGUGCCUGAUGGUUACUACAUUAAUGAUCUUCCCGCUGACCAUGGUGCUAAACGCCAUACAGCUGAGUCUCGGUUGGGUGUAUCUGUUCAUGGGAAUUCUGAUUGGUUCUGCCGUAUUACCCAUCUCCCUAGCCAUGUUCUGGCCGCGCAUGACAGGUGUUGGUAUGGUGACCGGAAGUAUCGGCGGAACUAUCCUGGCAAUCAUCGUUUGGCUGGUUGUAGCGUCAACAUUUGAAGGUGGCCUGUCUGAUUUUCUGGAAAAUACCGGUAGAGAAGAAUCCAUGUUGGGCGGUAAUAUAGUGGCCAUUGUUUCCGGAGGGCUGUUGUCAUUCCUAGUGAGUAUGGUCACCAACAGGAACUUCGAUUCAUCCCGCGGUGCCGAGGUCUGGGAGAGCACCAGGGACAUUGACAACCCGCUUAGUCCGUGGACAGAGAAUUACGCAAGGGACCUUCGCCUCACAUCCCUUCAGCAACUGGACAACAGACCUGCGUUGGAAGAAGUGGAGAAAACGUUUCGGGGCGCUAAACUGUUGGCGUACAUUGGCGCCAUGUCGAUAAGCCUCGUUCUGGUGAUCAUCUGGCCUGCGGCGAUGACUGCCGUGGGAACAAUGAAUCUUGAGCAGUUUAAUCAUUGGGUGCAGCUAGCAAAAGUCUUAGCAUUCAUCGCCAUGAUCUUCAUCAUCAUUGUCCCUAUAGUUAACGAAAUCAUCGACACAAGACAAAUUAUGGCCGAGAACAAAGUUGCUCCUAAAGAAUUCAUGUCCCGGGGCAAAUCCGAAGAGAAAGACGCUGUUGGCGACAUCAAUGGCGCCAAACAUCCACACGAAUUGAAGAACAGGUCUUUUUCUAAAUCAUCGAUAAAUAAUGGCAGAGUGUCCCUUGUGAGUAGAGUUUCUAUCCGUAACCAGCCUGCGCUGGAAAAUGACGAAGACCUGAUGGAGAAAACAUCCACACAGAUGUCUGAUAUCAGAACAGCGCCAUCUUCGUCACAGGUGAACUUGCAAAGCCCUGAACAAAAACACGUCAUUGCUGAUGCCAGUGAUCCCCAGAGUAAUAGUUUAUAG